GACUGCGCUUGCGCCAUUCUUUGGCGCCAAGAUGGCGAUGGAGAUGAGGCUUCCCGUCGCUCGCAAGCCCCUUAGCGAGAGCUUGGACCGCGAUACUAAGAAACAUCUGGUGGUUCCGGGGGACACGAUCACCACGGACACGGGAUUCAUGCGGGGCCAUGGAACUUACAUGGGGGAAGAGAAGCUCAUUGCAUCUGUGGCUGGCUCCGUGGAGAGGGUAAACAAGUUGAUCUGUGUGAAAGCCUUGAAAACCAGAUAUAAUGGUGAAGUAGGAGACAUUGUAGUGGGGAGAAUCACAGAGGUUCAACAGAAGAGGUGGAAGGUAGAGACCAACUCUAGGCUGGAUUCAGUCUUGCUUCUCUCAUCUAUGAACCUUCCUGGAGGAGAGCUGAGGAGAAGAUCUGCGGAAGAUGAGCUGGCCAUGAGAGGUUUCUUGCAGGAAGGGGACCUUAUCAGUGCGGAAGUCCAGGCAGUGUUCUCUGAUGGAGCGGUGUCUCUGCACACAAGGAGUCUGAAAUACGGAAAACUAGGUCAGGGGGUUCUGGUCCAGGUGUCCCCCUCCCUGGUGAAGCGGCAGAAGACUCACUUCCAUGACCUGCCGUGUGGUGCGUCCGUGAUUCUGGGCACCAACGGCUUCAUCUGGAUCUACCCGACGCCUGGCCACAAAGAAGAGGAUGCAGGGGGCCUCACUGCAAACCUGGAGCCUGUCUCCCUCGCUGACCGAGAGGUGAUCUCCCGGCUUCGGAACUGCAUCGUCUCGCUGGUCACUCAGAGGAUGAUGUUGUACGAUACCAGUAUCCUGUAUUGCUAUGAGGCGUCCCUUCCGCAUCAGAUCAAAGACAUCUUAAAGCCAGAAAUAAUGGAGGAAAUAGUGAUGGAAACGCGCCAGAGGCUUUUAGAACAGGAGGGAUGAAGAGAGGCCUCUGAAGGACAGGACUGCGUGUACCUGAGUGGAGCAGUUCUUGAAACUGAAGAAGCUGAUUUGUGGUCCCCAAGUGUGGCUCAGCGGAGAACCGUGAAACUCAUUCCUUAACCCACACUGGGCCGCCUCCGGCCCAAAGGGCUGCUCUCUCUUGUUCUAAGGCAAAGCCUGGGGAAUGUACUGCCAGUCCCUUAGGUUGCCUGCAGAGUCCGGCACUAGGGGUAGUUUCGAGCCUUUAAAAGCACGUGGUGUUCCAGCCAAGUGGCCUCCCAUCCUGGAAUAAUACGGAGAAUCUUUUGUCUUCUACUCACCAUCAGUUCACAAGGCACAAAGCCCCCAUGAAACUGCCCCUACAAACAACACAGCCUCCCUGACCCCCAGAUUGUCCGUUUUGGCCUCUAUUUCCACCUCUGCAGCACAAGUACGACGUUGAAGAAUAUAGUUAGUGACGUCAACCCAGCAGUCGAAUAGAAGAAUAAAGUUAACCAAGCAGCCUUUUGCUUGGCUGGAAUGUUA